UGGAGCGUAAAAGUCUGAUUCACAGAAUUGGCGUUUUUGCUUGUGUUUUUAAUAAUCUUUAGCCUCUUUUCCAAUUUGGAAAGCGUGUUUGUUUGGUAUUACUCUUAUUAAGGUUGAUUUGGCUUGCAUUUGACUUUUUGAAAACAGUUUUCUUCUUUCUUAGUCCAUUCAUUUUAAAAAACGGAAACAAGCGAUUUUUGUUUAUCAGUGUUUUUCUUUAAUUAAAGAUGAGUACCAUUUAUAAGCUUAAAACCAAGGCGUCUCGUGCUGGAGACGAAGAAGAGGAAGAUGCCCAUGCACCUGUCGUUACAGCCAGAAAGCACUCUGAAGGCUUUGUUCCUAUUAAGCAGAAAGUUUUGGUACUUUCUUCUCGUGGUGUCACCUAUCGUCAACGCCAUUUGCUCACAGAUCUAAUUAACAUGAUGCCACAUUCUAAGAAAGAUAGCAAGUUCGAGUCGAAAGACCGUCUUUACGAGCUAAAUGAACUUGCUGACCUCUAUAACUGUAACAAUAUUUACUUUUUUGAGUCUCGUCGUCGCGAAGAUCUUUAUUUGCACAUUGCACGUGCUCCUAACGGACCUACCGUUAAAUUUCACAUUGAAAACUUGCAUACUAUGGACGAACUCAACAUGACAGGAAAUGCUUUGAAGGGCUCCCGUCCCAUUCUCUCUUUUGACAAAACGUUUGACUCGGCUCCUCAUUUGAAGAUAGUCAAAGAGCUUUUGCAACAAACUCUUGGUAUACCGAAGGGUGCUCGUCGUAGCAAACCUUUUAUUGACCGAAUUUGUACACUCACUAUUGCUGACAACAAGAUCUGGUUUAGAAACUACGAAAUCCGACAAAAUGAGGACCCUGAAAAAGAUCCUGUCACCUUAUUUGAAAUUGGACCUCGUUUUGUCAUGACCAUCAUCAACAUUCUCGAAGGAUCAUUUGGCGGUCCCGUUAUUUUCAAAAAUGACACUUUUGUCAGUGCAACCAUGGUUCGUGCGGCUCUUCGCAAACAAUCUGCUCAACGCUAUGUCAAUCGUCAAGAAAACAAACUUGAACAUGCUGUUCGUGUUAAGCAAAAUGAAUUACCAGAAGAUCCUUUGGAGGACGUGUUUGCAUAAAUUCAAAUUCAAUGACCUCACAUUGUUGUUUUCAAGAUACAGGUUUGGAUUUAUGGUUAUUAUAUAAGUAUAAGUGCAAUAGUCAGGUAAAAAAAAAAUACAUGGGUUUAUUAGGUUGGCCAUAAUUGAUAAUAUUGAAAGACUAUAUUAUUAAAAAAAAGAAGAAAAUGC